AUGGGUUCUAAUUCAUCUAAAUCGGCUCCAACAUUACAAAGAUCAGAUACUAAUACUUCAACGAGAUCUACAAGGUCAAAUAGGUCAAUAAGACUGAGAAAGUCAAUUAGUUCUAUCAAGGACUCGCAGCAGCAACAACAACAAGUAGACUCACAGCAACAACAAGAACAACCACAAGCAUCAGAGCAACCACAUCCACAUCCACAACCAAUAUUAUCACGAAAUAAUUCUGCAUCUUCAGAAAAUCCUAUAUUAAUUAGACGCAACACCAAUGAGACAUUACAAACUGCCAAUUUUUCCGAUUCACUAUCGCCACACCAACAACAACAACAACAGCCAGGUUCACCAUUGUCGACUUCGAUGAAUGGCAAUACUAUUUCUCGUACAUCAACUAAUCAUUCAAUCAUUUCAACAACAUCCCAUAAAUCUGCACUGCAACAACCCAACUUGUCUCUUAAAAAGCAAACGACAACGUCAUCACUAAGUACAAAUUCUAAUACUAUAGAUAUAGAUUCAUUAAUUGAUAAAUUAUUGAAUGCUGGAUUUAGUGGUAAACGAACAAAAAAUGUUUGUUUGAAGAAUUCUGAAAUUGAAUUGAUAUGUGCUUCAGCCAGAGAAAUAUUUUUAUCCCAACCAUCAUUAUUAGAACUUGCGCCACCAGUGAAAGUUGUUGGUGAUGUCCAUGGUCAAUAUCAUGAUUUAAUUCGAAUUUUUUCUAAAUGUGGAUUCCCACCAAAGACAAAUUAUUUAUUUCUUGGUGAUUAUGUUGAUAGAGGUAAACAAUCUUUAGAAACAAUAUUAUUAUUAUUAUGUUAUAAAAUCAAAUAUCCAGAAAAUUUUUUCUUAUUACGAGGGAACCAUGAAUGUGCCAAUGUUACUAGAGUAUAUGGGUUUUAUGAUGAAUGUAAAAGAAGAUGUAAUAUAAAAACAUGGAAAUUAUUUAUAGAUACGUUUAAUACUUUACCAAUUGCAGCAAUAGUUGCUGGGAAAAUAUUUUGUGUCCAUGGAGGGUUAUCACCAGUAUUAAAUUCUAUGGAUGAAAUAAGAAAUAUUGCUCGUCCUACUGAUGUACCUGAUUUUGGAUUAUUGAAUGAUUUAUUAUGGUCUGAUCCUGCUGAUACUAUAAAUGAAUGGGAAGAUAAUGAACGAGGAGUAUCAUAUGUUUUUUCUAAAGUGGCGAUAAAUAAAUUUUUAAGUAAAUUUAAUUUUGAUCUUGUAUGUCGAGCUCAUAUGGUUGUUGAAGAUGGAUAUGAAUUUUUCAAUGAUAGAACAUUGGUGACAGUAUUUUCUGCCCCUAAUUAUUGUGGAGAAUUUGAUAAUUGGGGGGCGGUUAUGGGAGUACUGGAAGAUUUAUUAUGUUCAUUUGAAUUAUUGGAUCCUUUGGAUAGUACAGCUUUAAAACAAGUUAUGAAGAAAGAAAAGCAAGAAAGGAAAAAAUCAAGCUAA